CCUCCGGGGAGACGCAAGCAGAGGAUGGCAGCGAAGGGAGCCUCGGAGGCGGCGUGGAGGAGGGCUUCCUCCUCCCGGAGACGCCAGUGAAGACGGCAAACCAUGGAGAGCAGCAGCAGCCGGCCGCUUCCGACGGGCAAGAGCCUCCUAAGCGGAGCCUCAUCGUCGUCGUCGUCCUCUAAGGCGCUGGCGUUCUCCAUCGAGCGCAUCAUGGCCCGCACGGCGCCGGAGCCCAAAGCGCGCCCGCUCUUGCCUCCGUUCCUGCCCAAAGCGGGCGAGAAGGCGCCCCCGACGGGGCUCGGCUUGGGCUCCUCCCUCCCCUGCAUGCUCCCCUUCGUGCCCUUGGCGUACAAGCCCCCCGGGGAGCCGCCGCCCGCCUCCAAAGCCGAGCUGCCCCCACACUUCAAGUUGGUCCGCCCGCGCGUGGUCACCCACUCUUCCUUCCACGCCUUGGGCGCCUUGGGCUACUUCGGACGUGCCGCCGAGAUUCCACCGCCGCCUCCUCCUCCGCCGCCGCCUCCUCCUCCUCCGUCGAGUCUCAACCUCCACCCGGUGGCGUCCUACUUCCUGGGCUCGUCGUUGCAGAGCCACAAGGCGUCCUUGGCCGAAAGGAACAAGCUCCAAGCUCUGCCGGGACCUGCCUCCGCCGCGCCGCCGGGCUUCAAGGAGUUGGCGCAUGCUCACUUCCACAGCGCCGCCGCUGCCGCCGCCGCCGCCGCGCACCUCUUGGCCGCGGAGAAGCUGCCCUUCAAGGGCGCCGUGGCCGCGGAGUUCAGCCGCGCUUCUCCCGGCGCCAAGCCCAAGGCCUUCACCUGCGAGGUCUGCGGCAAGGUGUUCAACGCGCAUUACAACCUGACGCGCCACAUGCCUGUCCACACGGGCGCCCGACCCUUCGUCUGCAAAGUCUGCGGGAAGGGCUUCCGCCAGGCUAGCACUCUCUGCCGGCACAAGAUCAUCCACACCCAGGAGAAGCCCCACAAGUGCAGCCAGUGCGGCAAAGCCUUCAACCGGAGCUCCACCUUGAACACCCACACGAGGAUCCACGCCGGGUACAAGCCUUUCGUCUGCGAGUUUUGCGGGAAGGGCUUCCACCAAAAAGGGAACUACAAGAAUCACAAGCUGACCCACAGUGGGGAGAAGCAGUUCAAGUGCAAUAUCUGCAACAAGGCCUUCCACCAAGUGUACAACCUGACCUUCCACAUGCACACCCACAAUGACAAGAAGCCCUUCACCUGCCCCACCUGUGGCAAAGGCUUCUGCAGGAACUUUGACCUCAAAAAGCAUGUCCGCAAACUCCAUGACAGCAAUGGUGGCACCCCCUCUUUGGCCCUGCCUCGACCCCCCACUGCCGAGUCAGAGUUGCCUCCGCUUCCCCACUCAUGAACCCCCCUGGCUCCCCUUUGCGCUUUGUCUGCAUGCACUUGUGAGCACCCCCUGUCUUCUCUGCCCCCCUCCAAGAGACAGCUGGCCUGCCGCCCUUUGACACUGUUGGAGACCACUGAACUGCUUUGCUGGGAGGAGCAAGACUUUUCCCUCUCCCUCAAGUUGGCUUUGAGAACAGGGGCCUGCUGGAACUGAACUUUGGGUGUAUUUAUUGAGGCCUGCCUAAGGGCCUUUUUAUUUUGUGACCUCCUUAUAUUGUAUCAUUGGAAGGGACUUUAUCGGAGAAGACCACUGCCAUAUGAAAGCCAUCUCUCUCUCUUUCUCUCUCUGUUGUGUGUCUGCAGACCUGCCUGUAUGUAAAGGGGUGUUUCUUGAUCCCUCAAAGUCUGUUUCUGUUGGGGAAUUUGAGCCCUUAGGCUCAAAAUAACCCUCAGCUGGGGCAAUUCCACCAAAAUAUAGCAGUGUACUAGGAGUAAACUCCUUUAUCAGCAGAAGGUAUGAGCUUUGAUUCCUUAGGAUGGCUUAGGAUUGCCAAUAAAAAUAUUUAUUGAAGUAAAAAAGAAAUACAUUCUUGAUAUAAAAGGUCUCGGAACUAACUAGCUUACUAAUCUCAUCUGAUAAAUAAGAUAAAAGGUAAAAACAUCAAUGCAUCUACAUUUUGCCUAGAGAGAGGCCAAAUGUGCUUCCUCACAGGAAGAAAGAAAAAGCACAAGAGACUCUAAAAAUGGUGGAGACCACAUGCUUAACCCAGGGCAGUUUAGUGGCUAGCAGGAAAGAGUAAAGACAAAGCCUUUUUGGGAAAAAUGCAUAGAAAUGUGGGGGAAGGAAUCCCUAAGCUUAGCCCUGUUUCUAGCCUACUCAUUGAGGACUGGAAACUUGAUGACACAAGAAACUUGUACAGCCCAGGGAUGAAGCCCAACAGUUUCAGGUGCCCUUGGUCCCCAUCCAAAAAAAUGGGUUCUCCCUGACUGUAAAUAAAUAGCAUCUUCUGGUCCAAGAGAUGACUGCAUCCAUCCCUUGGGAGGAGAAGCCCCCACUUUGGAGAGUGUAUUUGAGUUCAAAGGUCAAUCUCUGAGGUCAGCUUGAAACAAACAACAACAAUGAACUAGGCAGUUAAUCCUAAUGUCACCUCCACAAAGGAUGCUCACAGAGAAUAACUCAUCUGUACCAGUUUGUAAUGCAAAUCUAUUUCUGGAAGCUCCUAGAAAAUUUACUGUUGUUAUGAAUAGACAGAGGUUAAAUCUACACUGCCCUAUAUCCUAGGAUCUGGUUCCAGAUUAUUUGGUUGUACUGGACAAUAUGAGUCUAUGCUGCCAUAUAAUCUGGAAUAAGAAGAUAAUCUGGGAUCAGAUCCCAGGUUAUAAGGCAGUGUAGAAGGGGCCAGAGAGUCAAACCCUGACUAUAUACGCCUUUAAGGAGUGCCCUUUAUUUCAAAGCCCCUCUAUUUCACAAGAUCUAAAACAGAAAUUCAAGAUAAUUUUGGUAGACCUAAAAGGUUUGAAUAGCCAAGGUGAUAACUCAACUGGAUAUAUAUUGGGAAGGGUUGUCUUUUAAAGAGUGACCUUAAUCCCAAAUCCCUCAUUUCACAAACUAACUCCAAAUAUGUCUUAGGGUGCUGUGAGAUCCCCCCCUUCUUUAUUUAUUUAUUUUUACAACAUUUAUAUUCCGCCCUUCUCACACACAUAUCUGGAAAACAUUCAGUGCCAAUCCUCUUUUUCCGAUCAAAACUGUAAGCCUAAGUAAAUACAUCCCCACUUUUAAGGCGACUCCUAUUUAUCUACUCACAUUUGUUUUCAAACUGCUAGGUUGGCAGAAGCUGGGAUAAAGGUCAGGAGCUCACCCUGACCCGGGCUUUGAACUCUCAACCUUCUGGUUGGCAGAUUUAUUGCAGCUUGGUGAUUAACCUGCUGUGCUAAAGCCAGGCCCUGAGAUCUUUUGUGGUUAACCUGCUGUGCCAAAGCCCAGACCUGAGAUCAUUCCUUGGGAUCUUAUUGCUGACCAAAAGCAGACAUCUUGGCUGUUUUGGAUACACCCCCUAAGGCGUGAAUACUCAGGACUGGAAGAGUUCCCUUUUAAGGGGUGUCCUUUAUUCCAAAAUUGGUUUCACAAGACAAUCACAUCCCCAAUUGUGCACCAACUUUUCAGGCUUGUCCUCUAUUCCUUAGGAUCUAAGGUCCUAUCUAUACUGCCAUGUAAAACCCAGAUCAUUUGCUUUGAUGCUGGGGUGGCACAAUGAGUUAAACCCUUAUGCCAGCUGGACUGCUGACCUAAAGGUUGCGUUGCUGAUCUGAAGGUUGCCGGCUGGAAUCUGCGAGAAGGGUGAGCUCCCACCUGUCAGCUCUAGCUUAUCCAGGCAUCUCUUGGGCAACAUAUCUGGAAAUUCUCUUAUACCAGAAGCGACUUGCAGUAUGUUCUCAAGUUGCUUCCGACACACACAAAAAAUCUGCUUUGAACUGGAUUAUACCGCAGUGUAGACUCAUAUAAUCCAGUUCAAACCAGCUAGUGUAGAAUCUGGGAAGCAGGUGAGCUUCCGUCUGUCAGCUCCAGCUUCCCAUGCGGGGACAUGAGAGAAGCCUCCCACAGGAUGGUAAAACAUCCAGGGCCCACUAAAUGGAAUAAUAACAAUGUAUUAAAUAUCAUUAAACAUUGUAUUAUACACAGUAAACAAAUGUAAAUUUCAGAUAAAUGGUUAAAAAAGCCAAUCAAACUGUUGCAUUCACAGUAUGAUGAAUGGUAGUUACAUUCACAAUGUAAUCAACUUUCUUGGUUAUUUUCUUGUUUCUUCAUCACCACUAAAUGGAAUAAUAACAAUGCAUUAAAUAUCAUUAAACAUUGUAUUAUACACAGUAAACAAAUGUAAAUUUCAGAUAAAGGGUUACAAAAGCCAAUCAAACUGUUGCAUUCACAGUAUGAUGAAUGGCAGUUACAUUCACAAUGUAAUCAACUUUCUUGGUUAUUUUCUUUUUUUCUUCAUCAUACUGUGAAUGCAACAGUUUGAUUGGCUUUUGUAACCAUUUAUCUGAAAUUUACAUUCGUUUAUUGUGUAUAAUACAAUGUUUAAUGAUAUUUAAUACAUAGUUAUUACAGUAGAGUCUCACUUAUCCAUCACUCGCUUAUCCAACGUUCUGGAUUAUCCAACGCAUUUUGUAGUCAAUGUUUUCAAUAUAUCAUGAUAUUUUGGUGCUAAAUUCGUAAAUACAGUAAUUACUACAUAGCAUUACUGCAUAUUUAACUACCUUUUUUGUCAAAUUUGUUGUAUAACAUGAUGUUUUGGUGCUUAAUUUGUCAAAUCAUAACCUAAUUUGAUGUUUCAUAGGCUUAUUCCUUAAUCUCUCCUUAUUAUCCAACAUAUUCGCUUAUCCAAGCUUCUGCCGGCCCGUUUAUGUUGGAUAAGCGAGACUCUACUGUAUUCCAUUUAGUGGACACUUGUUAGUUCAAGUCCUUGGGAACCCAUUUUUUCUUAUAAAACAUCCCUUGAGCAACGUUAUUGCAGGCGGCCAGUUCUCUCACACCAGACGCGACUUGCAGUUUCUCAAAUCUCCUGAUAGGGGGAAACAAAUCUGGAUUAUAUGGCAGUGUAGAAGGGGCCUUAUUUUAAGAGGUUGCAUUGCUGGUUGAGGCUGCUUAAAGGGAGUGUGUAUGCCAGAGAGAGAGAAAGAGAGAAAGAAAGGGAGAAAGAAAGAAAGAGGGAGAGAGAGAGAGAGAGAGAGAGAGAGAGAGAGAGAGAGAGAGAGAGAGAGAGAGAGAGAGAGAGAGAGAGAGAGAGAGAGGCUUUCAUUUGGAAGGUUCUCAUCAGAGAGACUCCCUGUUCUCAUCGUUGGGAGUCUCUCUCCUGGGAAAGGAAGCCCAUUCCCUUGGAAAAGGAUCACCUCUGACUUCCCCCGCGUGUUCCUUUGGAUCUGGCAACCUUCGAGGGCAUUGAUCCCUUCGAUCCCCUCUGUGUAUAUAUAGAUCCUCCCCUGUCCCCUCUGAAAAACAAACUUCGAUUGACUUUACCUGCGGGUUGGAUUGGAUGUCAUCCCUUGCAUCCCUUUCCUCCCGGUUGCCCCAUCUCCAUCCACUCCAAGGACCAUCACCUUUCUUUCCUCUUCUCCCUUUGAAUCUCUCGUGGAUUCGUUUUGGUACGGAUCGGGAAUGUCUGGCUGUGUUAUUUUUUUAAGUUAUUACGACUAUUCUUGCGCGUGCAAAACGAGAACAACAACAACGAAAGAGAGGAUGACUUUGGGCAAAUAAAACACGCCACAAAUGCC